AUGACUUUCCUUUCUGAGCCGCCCCAAACGUCUUUAGCAGAGGCCUGGGAUAGACACCCCAUAGCGAUGCCAAUAGAGAACCUGAGCAAUACGUUAAGUCGUGCCGCGGCAGAGCACCCGGAUCAGCCUGCUGUGGUUUCCCUUCAUCAGUCGCAAUACCGUGACCUAAGUUCGAAAAAUUGCGGUAUGGAUGGAGCUCCACUCAAGUGGACUUUCUCACAACUGCAGGAACAAAGCAGAAGCUUAGCAACUUACUUUUUAUCGAAUGGGGUAGUUCCAGGCCGCGCGGUGGUGACGUUCCUCUUCAACCAAGCAGAAGCGGCACUACUUUUCUGGGCCACGGCCCAUAUGGGAUGUCGAUUCGUCCCCCUUGAUCCUAGAAGUCUCGACCGGCUUGAUGAGGCAUCACAUUUGCUGAGAACGUCGGAGCCUGCAAUUAUUGUCGCAGAUACAGCCCAGACGGCAGCUCAAGCCGAUCGCGCGCUUCUUCGACAUUGCUCUAGUUCAGUUCCCUCUGCACUCUGCCAUCGCAUGCUUGUAGCGAGAGAGACGGAAAUUACACCAGAGGGAUGGUCCCAUUUUCCUGAGCUUGUGAAGAACCCUGCUGAAGGCUAUAUCUCACUGUCUUCCUCAGCGCCUUCUUUGCCCGGAAUACAUGUUCACAUGGAGGACCCAGUCGUCAUGUUCUUUACUAGCGGCACGACCUCACUCCCCAAGGCAUGUCCGCUGAGCACGAUAAAUAUUGUCACUCCAGCGGUGUGUUUAGCUUCAAAAAUAGAAGCCCAAAAACGUGACGCCGUGAUCCAGCAGCUGCCACAUUUUCACAGUUAUAGCCUCGUUGUCAGCAUCGGGAUCUGGCUCAGUGGGGGAACGGUGGUGUUUCCAAGCGCUCGAUUCGAACCAGCAAGCAGUAUUGGCGGAAUGGAAUAUGCCGCUGUUAAUGGCUGGAAGAUGCAUCUUCCAUGCGUCCCGUCUAUGCUUCAAGCAAUAGCAUCACACCCUGCCUGUCCGGCUAAGGUCCCCGCCUUGUCAUCAGUCAUUGUUGGAGGUGCGCCAGUCCUUCCCGAGGUGCUUGCGAUCCUUAAAAGCCUUGGCUCACAGCGCAUUGCUGUGGGAUUUGGCAUGACUGAAGGGACUAUAACCCUGCUUAGUAUCAUUGAUACUGGGUCUCUCCGCCCCCGGCACAUGAAAGAGGUGUCAGUAGGGACUGCUCAAUCUGGGGCUAGGGUUCGGAUCUGCGCUCCCGGCAGCCGGAUACCCCUCCGUCGUGGCGAGGUUGGUGAGUUGCACGAAGGGGGUCUGCCAGUGUUCCGAGGCUAUCUGGGAGUUUCUGACCCGGCUUGCUAUCGUGAAGAUGGGAUGGACUUUAUUGCCACCGGUGACCAGGCGUAUAUGGAUCACGUCGGGCAAGUAUACAUCAUAGGACGUUACAAAGAUAUCAUAAUCCGUGGCGGGGAGAAUAUCUCUCCUGCUACAAUUGAAGGCUGUUUGGGAAAUGUGCAGGGGGUUAUGGCUCAAGUCGUGGGCGUUCCAGAUCCUGUUGCUGGUGAAGUACCUAUUGCUGUCGUUCGGUGCACAGCUCAAAAGGUCUCUGCGAAAGCGCUACAGAAGAUGGUGCUGGUACAGCUAGGACCGGCCUUUGUACCUCCAACAGUACUGGAUCUGCAAUGUGACCUUAACCAGGAGCAAUUCCCUACAACGUCAACAGGAAAGAUCCAGAAGUUUCUUCUACGACAAUGGGUAACGGAGCAUCUGGCGCGUUGUAGCUCCAUUAAAGGGGGUUUACUUGUUGAGCCUCUCGAUACGCAGCUAUCCAUACUCUGGUCUACCCUCUGCGGUCAACAUGCCUCGGAUAUUCUGCCCGACACUUCUAUAUUGAAGAUAGCGGAUAGCAUGAUGAUUAUACAGUUCUGUGGGCUCGUCCGCAAGGAGCUGCAUAAGACGAUCACGAUGCAGGAAGUCAUAGAAGCGGACACAAUACGAAAGCAGGCUAAGCUGUUGAGGAGCAAAAAGGCGCGGCCUUCAGAAGAUACCGGACCAAAUAUUCAAGCUAUACAAAACUCUAUAUCGAUGGACGAGCUACAACGGAAUUCCAAAGAACAGCUAACCAGACUGGGUCUUGGAUGGAGUGACGUAGAAUAUGUCAUACCUAUGACAGACACCAUGAAAGUGAUGGUGAAAGGUCGACGCCCAUACUCGUGGAACCACCGCCAUUGCUUGAUUAUUGAUUCGACGAAGCCCGAACAGUUGGUGUCGGCGCUGAAACGAUGGCUGGAGCGCCACCAUCUGCUACGGAGCACUUCGAUCAUUAACAAGGAUACAGCCUUUUACCUCGUCAUGCGUCCGCAAGAGAGCUGGUUUCUCCACCAAAUUGUGAUGGGAGGGAAAGUAAUGGAUGCACAGGCUUUUUCUGCUUUUCGCGCAAAUGACUUAAGCUAUGAUUUGGUAACUCCCUCGGGUCCACUGGUGAAGGUGACAGUCUUGGACGUGGGAGUUGGCUCGUCGACUAUGGGACUCGUACUUCACAUUCACCACUGCAUCUUUGACGGUCUAACCAUUCAGCGAUGGUAUCAAGACCUGGCCCAACUCCUUCGAAACUGCUCGAGUGACUUAAGCUUCCAUCCGUACAGGGACUUUGGGCUUUUAUACCAUCAGUAUCGCUCCGAGCGUCUGGCUCAAAAGUCCAUCGACUUCCAUGUACGUAGGUUGCGUGGGGUAUCCACUGCCAAGGAAGCAUUUUGGCCGGCCCAGCGAUCCCCAUACUGGCUAAAGGGAGACGAUCAAGGAUGGAUUCAUGAUGAUGGGACCCCAGGCCAGACGGCAGAACGCAUCCCACUUGAUGGACUAGAGUCUCGCGGUACGGUUGGACUUGUCCGGACCGCACACAUUCCCAAUCUGUCCUCUUUGCGGUCAUCUUUCGGCAUUUCUCCGCCAUUUGUCGCGAAGUGCGCCUGCGCCCUGGUCAAUAUGAAGCACACCGGCGCCAAUGAAGCCAUCUUCGCCAGCAUAGAGUCAGGCCGCUCGCAACUACCUAACAAUGGCCCUACUGCUGUAUCCAUUGAUCUGUUUGAAGUCGACGGUCCAACCACUAACGAAACCCUGAAUAGGAUCCGGCUAGAGCCCGGAGAAACAGUAAUUCGGUUGCUCACUCGCAUCCAAAGGUACCAAAGUGAGAUUGAUUUGCACUCACAUGCUCCUAUUUACGGCGUCCGUGAUGCGUUGGCCCAAGACCCAAUUACUGGAGAAGCGGAUGCGCGGGAGUACAUCAGUUUGCUUCAGCGCCAGGUCUUUGACUGGCUCCCUCCAACGAGAGAGGCAAAUAAUGAUCUGUCUGUGACCCUUUCCCCGCUCAGACUAUUGGAGAUACUCCCUCGCACGGAUCUCGGAAUAGUCUGGUUUCCCAGUCUAUCGGAUAGCGAUAUUCUGGAAUUAGAGGUAACUUAUGACGACUCUCAGCUUACUACAGCGGAGGUUCGACAAGCGAUGACAGAGUUCAUGAGUGCGACGGCGUGGCUGGCCAAUCCAGACAAUAUCCAGCGGCCAGUGAGUGACUGCCAGUUCGACGGAUUACAGAUCACAGAUAUCGAACCACACUAUCGAUAUCGGCGUUGA